AUUCAUUCGUCUCAGUCUUCCAUUUCAACAAAUCCGUAAUCUGAUCUCACACACGGCAAGCCACAGAUAUAUAGAGAGAGAGAGAGAUAGCGACUCUGAUCGCGUAAAGCCACUUGCUUUUUAUACCAACUCUACCCAAGUCGCAAGUUUUUAACCUGCGAUUUCUGAAUCUUUUUCUCUCUCUCUCGAUUCUAGCUUCAUCGCUGUUCCAAAUUUAGGAGUUUUCUGAGGUCACAGGUCUGUCUUACAUUGAUGGGUUGCUCCUGGUUCUCAUGUCACAGGAGAGGAAAAGCUACAGAAGUUGAUGAAGAAAUCGCAGCGAUAGACAAUGUAAAGAUAUACAAAUAUAGAGAGAUACGUCAGGCCACUGAUGAUUUCAGUGCUGAAAAUAAAAUUGGAGAAGGAGGGUUUGGUUCUGUGUACAAGGGCUGUCUUAAAGAUGGAAAGCUCGCGGCUAUCAAAGUCCUCUCGGCUGAGUCAAGACAAGGUGUAAAAGAAUUCUUGACUGAGAUCAAUGUGAUAUCAGAAAUACAGCAUGAGAAUUUGGUUAAGUUGUAUGGAUGCUGCGUGGAGGGGAAUCACAGGAUUCUUGUUUACAAUUUCCUUGAGAACAAUAGUCUUGAUAAGACCCUGCUAGCUGGGGGCUACACUCGGAGUGGGAUACAGUUUGAUUGGAGUAGUCGGGCCAAUAUUUGUGUUGGGGUUGCUAAAGGUCUUGCCUUUCUUCAUGAAGAAGUACGGCCACACAUAAUCCAUAGAGAUAUCAAAGCAAGCAACAUUCUACUCGACAAAUAUUUAUCCCCCAAGAUCUCUGAUUUUGGACUCGCUAGGCUUAUGCCACCUAACAUGACUCAUGUCAGCACUCGUGUCGCUGGUACAAUUGGUUAUUUAGCACCAGAGUAUGCUGUUAGGGGACAGUUGACGCGGAAAGCGGAUAUAUACAGCUUUGGAGUCCUUCUGAUGGAGAUAGUCAGUGGAAGAAGUAACAAAAAUACCCGAUUACCCACGGAAUAUCAAUAUCUUCUGGAAAGGGCUUGGGAACUUUAUGAGCGGAAUGAGCUUGUGGAUCUUGUUGAUUCAGGUUUAAAUGGAGUCUUUGAUGCAGAGGAAGCUUGUCGGUACCUAAAAAUCGGUCUUUUGUGCACACAAGACAGUCCUAAGCUAAGACCAAGUAUGUCCACAGUGGUGAGGUUGCUAACAGGGGAAAAGGAUAUAGACUACAGGAAAAUAAGCAGACCGGGCUUGAUUUCUGAUUUCAUGGAUAUGAAAGUGAGAGGACCUGUGGCAACAAAGUCAGAGCAAGUGAACAGACAAAACUACACAAACCCUUCUUCUUCGUCUAAUGCCUCAUCUAGAGAUCACUCAAAUGCUUACUCAUCAGGAGCUUCAUCAGCCAAUGCUGGUAAUACAUUCAGCAGUACCAUUUAGAAAGACAAAAAAGUUAUCCAUUUAAAAAAAAUUUGUUUUUUGUUUUCUGUUUUUGAGAUGUAAAUGGGAAAAAGUGUUUGAUGUUUUCUUUUUCUUCUUCUUUGGUUUCAAACAGAGGUUUUUCUGUUAGAUUUUUGAAUUGAUAGUGUCUGCAGAAAAGGCGGUCUCUGCCUUGCUGUUGUUCAAGUUGUCUUCAGUUGCAAACAGAGAGAUUUGAGUGUAUGUAUGUAAAUAUAUAUAUUUAUAGAUUGAAGUUGAAUGUAUAUGAUCCCAUCAAGCAAGUUUGAUGUA